GUCAGAAAGUGACAGAAGUCGAUUGUUGUGAGCCAUCAUGAAAAUUGGACUGGCAUUGCUUUGCUGUGAAUUAUUAACUUGAAAAUUAAAAUUUGAACAUCUUGUGAAGCGAAAAUAUUACGAUAAUUUUCACCAAUGAUGAAACGCUUUAUGUAAUUGUUCAUAAGUUUGUUAAUUACGAUCAAAAUAAAUGACGAAAGACAAACGUAAAAGAAUCUCAAGGAUGGUAAGCAAAUCGUUUCUGUGGGGCGUGAUUGCAGCAUCGCUCACCUGGGCUGUCAGCUUAUAUCUGUAUUGGAAUUUGAGCAGUGGUUCUGGUUCUGUAACUUCAACUCCUACCUUAGCCGCACUGCAACAAGGCUUGCGGCAAGACGACGAGAAUUCAUUGCCAGUUGUUGGACCAGUGGAACAGGUGGAUACUGUGGACAAGCAAGCAGUCUUCCAAAAUGGUCACCAGAACAAUCUUGAGGGACCAGAUUUGUUCGAAGGAAAAGUAGAAGAUGGGAAAAGUUUUAGCUUUUUCAAAGAGAAAUACAGAAGAUACCAAAAGGAACAGAAAUACAGAAAGAUAAGCCAUAAGCUAAUGGAUGAGCUGCAACCAAUAAUGCCCAAUGGAACGGAUGAAUUUGGAAUGGUGCGGAAUUCUGAAGAGCAGUUCAUCAGAGACGUCGGAUAUAGGAAACAUGCGUUUAAUGUGCUGGUCAGUAAUAAGAUCGGUUCGUUCCGGGAUGUACCCGAUACGAGACAUAAAUUGUGCCAAGAGCAAAGCUACGAUAAAGUGCUUCCAUCUGCAUCUAUUAUAAUGUGCUUCUAUAAUGAACACUUGGAGACGUUGAUUCGUUCGGUGAAUUCAGUUAUACGUCGAACUCCUUCCUAUCUAUUGAAGGAGAUUGUUUUGGUCGAUGACUGCAGUGAUUUGGACGAAUUGCGAGAUAAUUUGGAAGAUGAAUUGAGCGCUCUCAAGAGUAGCAAAGUAAGACUGAUAAAAAAUGCUGAACGAGAGGGACUGAUGCGAUCACGCGUUUAUGGAUCUCGGAAUGCUACAGGGGAUGUGUUGAUUUUCUUGGAUAGUCAUAUUGAGGUGAACGUGGAUUGGAUUGAACCGUUGUUGCAGCGGAUCAAAUUCAAUCGUACCAUUUUGGCUAUGCCGGUGAUUGACAUUAUUAACUCCGAUACAUUUGUUUACACGUCGAGCCCAUUGGUACGGGGAGGCUUCAAUUGGGGUUUACAUUUUAAGUGGGAUAACCUUCCGAAGGGUACUUUAGCACACGAAAGUGAUUUUGUUGGACCAUUCCAAUCGCCAACCAUGGCUGGAGGACUUUUUGCUGUGGACAGGCAGUAUUUUAAGGAUCUCGGUGAAUAUGACACAGGUAUGGAUGUAUGGGGAGGAGAGAAUCUCGAAAUCUCAUUCCGCACGUGGCAGUGCGGUGGAUCCAUCGAGUUGGUCCCUUGUUCGAGAAUUGGACAUGUUUUUCGUAAAAGACGGCCCUACGGAUCUCCUGACGGUUCGGAUACGAUGAUAAGGAAUUCGUUGCGUCUGUCGCGAGUGUGGAUGGAUGAUUAUAUUAAAUAUUUCUUUGAAAAUCAACCGCAAGCCAAGAAUGUUGAUGCUGGGGAUCUUUCCGAUCGCCAUGCUUUGAGGAAACGUCUGGACUGUAAGUCCUUCGAGUGGUACUUGAAGAACAUUUACCCUCAGUUGAAGCUUCCAGGAGAGAAGACUACCGAUAGCAACGUAUCCCAACCCAAAUUCCAACCGUGGCAUUCCAGAAAGCGCAACUACAUAAGCAGUUUUCAGAUUCGGCUGAGCAAUAGCAGUUUAUGUAUAACAACGGGAGAUGCAAAGGAGAAGAGUCUAUGGAAGAAAGGAUCUCAUUUGGUGCUGCAUCCUUGUUUGCGCGUAAAAGCGCAGACGUGGUACGAAACGGAACGGGCAGAACUGGUGCUCGGGCAGUUACUGUGCUUGGAAGCGCCUUCGAGUGCAACCAAAGGAUCACCGAUGCUCAACAAAUGCCACGAAAUGGGUGGCGAUCAGGCUUGGAAGCAUAGAAAGACGAAAGGAACUCCAGUCUACAACAUUGCGUCAGGCAGCUGCUUGGCCGUCACGGAAGCCCGAAAGGGCGCCCUUGUUGGUUUGGAUUUGUGCGUAAACUCGCCACGUAGCACCUGGGAUUUAGUGAUUUCCUAGUAGCGUGGAUGUUAGAAAGAAGGACGGUAUUCUCUUUGCCAGCUAUUUGUUGUGUAGUGUAGCUCGAAUAAUUCCAGAUCUUGAUAAAUAUAAGCAAUGUUUCUUUUUCUACAAA